AUGGCUCGUGCCUUAGCGACUGACCCGAUCAAUGAACUUGAAGAAAAUCUACAAUGUAAUGUAUGUCUGGAAGUACUAACAGACCCCAGAACCCUUCCUUGCUUUCAUUCGUUCUGUAAAGAUUGUUUGGAAGGCGUUGUGGAAACAUUGCGUGGCAAAGCACCUCGCGGUCGACCUAUUCGAGAGUUUCCAUGUCCAAAUUGUCGUGCGACGUUUAUACUUGAUCCCGACAAACAUGUCGCUGACAUGCCACGGAACCAUUUCAUCUGUAACAUGGUAAAAGCGACGGCCGUACUCGAUCGUGGAAUCGGCGUUCCUUGUUCACAUAAUUGUAGUCAAAGUUACUCGGUCGCUCGUUGCGUCACCUGUGAAAAGUUCCUAUGCCGAGAAUGUCUAACAGACCAUAAUAAAUAUCGAGGUCACAAUCACCAUUCUGUUCUAACGAUGGAAGAGUUAUCAAAGCCAGAAAAUCGCAAGAAAAUCAACGACAAAAUGUAUUGCAGUGAACAUACGGGCAUGACAUUAAAAGUUUAUUGCGAAACCUGCGACCAAUUGAUUUGUAAGGAUUGUAUGGAUUUUAAACACGUCAAGCAAAGUCAUUCGUGUUUUCUGGUCAAGGAUGUUGCGAGUAACUAUAAAGAACUUCUUGCUUCAAAUAACAAAGCAAUGGAAGACGCUUUAACUGAAGGCAAUGCAUUUAUUGGACGAAUAACUCUUAAGACAGAACGACUUGAUCGCGAUGCUGAAAAUAUCAAAACUGAAAUUGCACAAAGAAAAGAAUUCGUGAAAAAGAAAGUCGUUUACUCUGUCGUUGACAUGUUGGAUCAAAAAGCUGAAACUCUUCUAAAGAAAGUAGAUGAAAUUCACAAAGGCAAACGAGCGAAUUUGGACAGACAGGCGGAAGAAACAAAGUUAUACGUAGAGAACAUAAAAACGUCUGUUCAACUUUCGAAAAAGUUGGUCGACCAAGGCUCAGAAGAAGAAAUAAUUUCCUCUCAGAAAAUGAUGCUGGAUAACGCAAAUAAUCUCCUAACAAAUCGCGAAGAGUAUUUCAAAGCACCUAUACCCGAUGCAAACUUGAGCUACACUUCGUCUACUGGCAAAGAACCAAUAGACGAAGAGAUCUUAAGCGGGCUGGCAAACAGUUUAGGAGAAGUCAGUGAAGGGAAAAAAGACACAGGUAAGAACCGGUACAUUAUAUGGAGGGCAGGGGGGACUGGUGACCGAAAAAGGAGUCGCACCCCUCUCCCCUCUUAA